AUGCUGUGGACUGCGAGUCUCUGCCUCCUCUGGGCCCCGGCCAUCCUCGGAGCUCCGGCGAACAAACAGAGACAGAAGGUGCUGCUGAUCUCCUUCGAUGGAUUCCGGUGGGAUUAUGACCGGGAUGUGGACACGCCGCACCUCGACAAAAUGGCCAAGGAUGGAGUCAAAGCCUUGUAUGUCACACCUCCUUACCUCACUAUCACCAGUCCUACACACUUCACCCUCUUGACAGGCCGCUACAUUGAGAAUCAUGGGGUAAUCCACAACAUGUGGUUCAACAUCACCAGCACCGAGAAGAAGCCUUACUAUCAGACUCAGUUUGUGAAUGAGUGGUGGGACAAUGGCACUCUGCCUAUCUGGAUCACAGCACAGAGACAGGGCCUUAAAGCUGGCUCUCUUCACUUCCCUGGCACGGCUUCCAGUUACCAGGGACAGGUUGCUAUGGUGCGGGAAGUGGAGCCACUGCUUUACGACUACAAGAACGAAACCGCUUGGCAAGAGAACGUAGACAAGGUGAUGGGCUGGUUCAGAGACCAGGAUCUGGACUUCGUAUCCCUGUACUUUGGUGAGCCUGAUGGCACAGGGCACAGAUACGGCCCAGACUCCCCGGAGCGUCGGGAGAUGGUCAAGCAAGUGGACCGAACAGUGGGUUAUAUUCGACAUUCGGCUGAACAGCACUUGCUUACCGACCGCCUAAACAUCAUCAUAACUGCAGACCAUGGCAUGACCACAGUGUACCGAAAUGGUCUGGUGGAAGAGAUCACCCUGAGCAAGAUCCCGGGCUUCUCAUUCCGUGACCUGUCCUUUCACCUUGUGGACUUCGGCCCCUCUGGGAUGCUGUUGCCGAAGCCGGGCAGGCUGGAUAAGGUUUACAAUGCUUUGAAGGGGGCCCAUCCACACCUCCAUGUGUACAAGAAGGAUGAAAUGCCAGAGCGUCUCCACUUUGCCAAAAAUGAUCGCAUCCUCCCCAUCAUUUUAUGGGCCGACCCUGGAUAUGUGAUCAAUGGGUAUUUCCCAGUUCAGUUCCACAAGGGUGAGCACGGCUUUGACAACCAAGAGUUGGACAUGAAGCCCUUCUUCAGGGCAGUGGGUCCAGCAUUUCACAAGAACCUGGAGGUGGGGCCUUUUGAGACAGUGAACAUUUACCCCUUGAUGUGUCACAUCCUGGGCAUCCAGCCGGAGGUCAACGACGGCCACCUGAAUGCCACCAAGCACAUGCUGGUCACUAGCGCUACUACUCAGGGUAAAGAUGUGAAAAUCCUUCAAAAUAUCUUCAUUGGGCUGGCUGCAGUGGCUGUAGUUCUUGUUGUAGUUUUUAUAGUGAAAUUGCACAAUUGCAAGAAUAAAAGGUAA